AUGGGUAUAAUUUUUAGCUGUUGCAGAGAGGACAGUUCUGACGAGGACGAAGCCCUAUUAAGAGAACAUCAAAGUGGAUAUGGCGGAGUGGAUGAGUCCAGUGAAUAUGAAGACCGUCUCUCUGCUAAGAUAUUGAAAGAACAGGAGCAAAAGCUGCAGCAAAGGAAUGAAGAACUUAGAGAGAUUGUAGAAAAUCUGAACGGCAAAUUGAUUGAUAUUUCAAUGGUGAGCAAUAGCGAUAUUGUUGUCCAAAGCAGCGAUUUAGACGACACUGCGAGAUCACAGCUUGCUGAGCAGAAGAACAACGACAAUUAUAUGGAACUUGAGCAGGGGCAAGAUGCUGGCCAAGUGCAAUAUCAAGAGAAUGAACAACUACAGGAACAGGUUCGGAAACACCAACCGACUAUAUCACAAUUGGAUAGUAAGACAUUGACAAGUGCUAUGAGAGGAGCUUUAAAGACAUUGCACGACUCAAUUUUCUCAGAGCUAGACGAUUCAUUGACUAAAGCGGCACUCAAAAACACAAAAGAGCUAACUAUGUCAUUGUAA